UUGUCCAAUGAGCGAUGAGUAUGUUGCGACGAGCGCAAUCCCCGUGAGCGCACAGCAUGCUGGGAGGAGCGUGGUCCAAUGAGCGCGGAGCUGGAAAGAGCCGGCCGGAACGUGUUCUGUUAAAGUCGAGUUGGAGAAAAAGCCAAACUGAAUCUUUCCUUUGAAAGAAAUCGACAUUUAUAACAUCACCCGAUAGAGAGCAGCACCGCUAGGCGCUAUGGACAUGGAGGGCUUUGGUGAGCUUCUGCAACAGGCUGAGCAGCUGGCAGCGGAAACGGAGGCUGUGUCUGAGCUUCCGCAUGUCGAACGCAACCUGCAGGAGAUCCAGCAGGCAGGAGAGAGGCUGCGCUCGCGCACAUUGACACGCACAUCGCAAGAUGCUGCUGAUGUCAAGGCGUCCAUCCUCCUUGGCUCUAGAGGUCUGGACAUCUUCCACAUCUCCCAGCGCCUGGAGAGCCUUAGUGCCACCACCACGUUUGAGCCACUUGAACCUGUUAAGGACACCGACAUCCAGGGCUUCCUGAAGAAUGAGCGAGACAAUGCCCUAUUGUCAGCCAUCGAGGAGUCGCGGCGUCGGACCUUCCUCCUGGCCGAGGAGUACCACCGUGAGUCCAUGUUGGUACAAUGGGAGCAGGUGAAGCAGCGGGUUCUGCACACGCUUCUGGGUGCUGGGGAGGAUGCACUGGAUUUCACCCAGGACCUUGAGCCGAGUUUAGUGAGUGAUGUGGGGACACCGGGGCGCAGUGCCAUGGACAGUGUGGAGGUGGCCUAUGGGAGGCAGAUCUAUGUGUUCAAUGAGAAGCUGGUAAGCAGGCAGGUGCAGCCAAGCCUGGGAGAUCUGUGUGCUUCCGCUGCUCAGGGCCUUGAUGACAAGAACGUCUUGGACAUGUGGCAAAUGGUGAAGCAGAUGACAGAUGUGUUGCUGGUGCCUGCCAGGGACACGCUGAAGAGCCGCCUGUCUGCUGACACGCAGAUGGCCUUUGUCCGCCGAGCACUGCAGUUCCUGGAGAACAGCUACAAGAACUACACCAUGGUAACGGUGUGUGGCAACCUGCAACAGGCCCUCCUGGGGGGUGUCCCCGGAACCUUCCAGCUGGUGCACAGCUUCCUCAACAUCAAGCUCCCUACGCCACCGCCUGGCAUGCAGGACGGUGAAGUUGAAGGCCACCCGGUCUGGGCUCUCAUCUACUACUGCAUGCGCUGUGGUGACCUGGCUGCUGCCAUGCAGGUUGUGUGCCGAGCCCAACACCAACUUGGCGAGUUCAAGCACUGGUUUCAGGAGUACAUGAACAGUCCGGACCACCGCCUGGCUCCAGCCACGGAAAACAAGCUCCGCCUUCAUUACCGCCGUGCACUGCGGAACAGCGCUGACCCUUACAAGCGUGCAGUCUACUGCCUCAUUGGGAAGUGUGACAUCACAGAUAACCAUGGUGAGGUGGCUGACAAGACUGAGGACUACCUAUGGCUGAAGCUGAACCAGGUCUGCUUCGAGGAGGAUGGGAGCUCUUCCCCCCAGGACCGACUGACUCUGCCUCAACUGCAGAAACAGCUGCUGGAAGAUUAUGGUGAAUCACACUUCUCAGCAAGCCAGCAGCCCUUUCUCUACUUCCAGGUGCUCUUCCUCACUGCUCAGUUCGAGGCAGCUGUGGCCUUCUUGUUCCGCAUUGAGCGUCUGCGCAGCCAUGCUGUCCACGUGGCACUCGUUCUCUACGAGCUGGGCCUGCUGCUCAAGUCCUCGGGUCAGAGUGCUCAGUUGUUGAGCCAGGAACCUGGCGAUCCACCAAUGAUGCGGCGGCUCAACUUCACCCGGCUGCUGAUGCUGUACACCCGUAAGUUUGAGUCCACGGAUACCCGGGAGGCGCUGCAGUACUUUUAUUUCCUGAGGAAUGAGAAGGACAGCCAAGGAGAAAACAUGUUCAUGCGGUGCGUCAGUGAGCUGGUCAUUGAGAGCCGUGAGUUUGACAUGCUGCUGGGAAGACUGGAAAAAGAUGGUAGCAGAAAGCCUGGGGUGAUUGACAAGUUUGCCGGUGACACUCGAGCCAUCAUCAGCAAAGUGGCAUCGGAAGCGGAGAACAAGGGCCUGUUUGAGGAAGCCGUUAAACUAUACGAACUUGCCAAGAACCCAGACAAAGUUCUGGAGCUGAUGAACAGGCUGCUGAGCCCAGUUAUUGCCCAGGUCAGUGCACCACAGUCAAACAAGGAGCGUCUCAAGAACAUGGCUCUAGCCAUUGCUGAACGGUAUCGGACCCAGGCUGUGACGGCAGAAAAGGCUGUGGACAGCACCUUCUACCUGCUUUUGGACCUAAUGACCUUUUUCGACGAGUAUCAUGCAGGACGCAUUGAUCGGGCUUAUGAUAUCAUGGAGCGCCUGAAGCUGGUUCCUCUCAGCCAGGACAGCGUGGAAGAGAGAGUGGCAGCUUUCCGCAACUUCAGCGAUGAGGUUCGGCAUAACUUGUCAGAAGUGCUCUUGGCAACCAUGAAUAUCCUGUUCACGCAGUAUAAGCGCCUAAAGGGGGCGGCAGCAGGUACUCCAGGCCGGCCCCAGCGAUCUGUGGAGGACAGGGAUUCUCAGUUGCGCAGCCAGGCCCGAGUGCUGAUCACCUUUGCUGGGAUGAUUCCGUACCGCAUGGCAGGAGACACCAACGCGCGGCUUGUGCAAAUGGAAGUACUGAUGAACUGACCCCUCAGUGCCAACCAAACCUGAUGGCUGACUUCCUUGUCGUAGACAGCUUUUGCCCCUGCCCAUUACCCUUCGGUUGUUUUUUUUUCUGUACAACUUUGAUUUUGUAUUUUUCUUUU